AUGCUUCUCCAAGCUACAGCGUCGCUGCUGCUUGUAGCAGGUUCGGCCCUGGCUGGACCUGUUGCGAGGGCGGACAAGAGUGCAGUCGUCUACGGUUCCAAAGGAACUGUGUCCCUUUCUUCUGAUGGAAAGAAGCCUGAUAUCAUGAUCCUCGAUUACGGCGAGAAUGUCGAGGGUCAUCCUACCUUUGAGGUUGUCUCUGCCUCUGGUGAUACCUCGACUUUUGAGCUCACCUAUGCAGAGUCCAAGUUCGCUUUUAGCAACUACCAGAGUGAUGGACCUCUUCCUUUGGCUGCUGCCAUGGAUACCUACCGUGUGAACCGAUACAACAUCUCGAAACGCGAGACUGUCAACAAUCGUCUUGUCCAGGGAGCUUUCCGCUACCAGAAACUGAACCUUUCUUCGCAUGGAGAGCUGCGUCUCAGAAAGGUAGGUGUGAAACCAACCGUUCACACCACGCCCCUCACCAAGCUUCCCGGAGGCUUCGAAUGCUCUGACGAGGACUUUAACCGCAUCUGGCUCACGGGUGCUAGGACCGCUCAGCUCACCGAGAUUCCUAAGGACACUAUCCCCGACUUCUGGCAGGUUUCUAAGGAAGGAUCUCUUGUUGAAAGUUCUGCGCCUCAAGCGCUGGGUAGUGCUGCGGCCGCUCAGUUGACUACCUACCAGCUUGAUUUCCAGGUCAAGCCUGUUACUGGGGAGUUCAGUUUCUCCGUUCUGUCGAACACUCUCAACGAAGCCAUCGUGGUUACUUGCGACGUCAAGACUGGAAAGGUCACGGCAACAGGUGCUUCAAAGUCCGGUUCAAUCCCAUCUUCUGCUGAUGCAAAGCUCGGCGAGUGGAUCUCUGUACAUGCCAAGGUGAACAUGACCGAGAUUUCCAUUCUCGUCAACAACAAGACUGUUCUCGACUUCAGCCAGACAGACAAGUUCUACGGCUCUUUCGGUCUCGGUGCUCCUCUCGGUCACUCCGCCUACUUCCGUAACCUCAAGGCAGCGACUCUCGAUGGUACUGAGAUCUACAAGAACAACCUGACGGAUCCUAGGUUCUUGAAGGACUUCUUCAUGGGAACGAACCCCGCCGAUACUAUUGUUGAUGGCUCGAGACGCGACCGAAUUGCAUACACCGGCGACCUAGACGUCGCACUUGGCUCGACCUAUGCCAGCACCUACGGCAAGUCUUUUGUUGAGGGCUCUCUCGACCUCCUGGGUUCUUAUCAGGCUACGCCCGGAUUCUUCAUCCCGACCGCCAAGAUCCAGCAGGAGCCCCUCAAGGAACUCCUGGACGUCAACAUCACUGGUCUUAUUGGCUACUCGUUCAACUUCCUCAACGCACUUGCUAAGAAUUACGAGGUUUUGGGCGACAAGAAGUUUGCUAAGGAGUGGGCUCCUCGCACCACGGCUAUGCUGGACUGGGCGCACUCCCAGUCGAAGAACGGUCUCUUCACGCUAGAUAACCCUGCAUUCACUGGAGAUUGGAACUACUACGAUCCUCCCCAGACCGGCGCGAGCUCCAAGUUCAACGCGCUCUAUGCCUACAGCUUGCAGCAGACCCAUGCUCUCCUGAAGGACGCUGGUGUCAACACCACUGUCUACCAGACUCGCCUCGACAACCUGCGCAAGGCCAUUCACUCUAACCUGUGGAACGAUAGCCUUCAAGCUUAUGUCCUGUCCAAUAAGAUCACUACUGGUUUUGCCCAAGACGCCAACGCCCUUGCUAUCCUCGCUGGCAUUCCCCAGAGCCACAACAUCUCAGCUACCUUUCUGCUGUCCACUCUCGAUAAGGAACUUCAGCUCAAGGCUGGACCUCUAGCCUUCAGCAACGCUACGGCCAAAUCCGGCUUCGCUCAGAAGAUCAGCCCUUACUCUUCCGCCUACCAUCUCCGCGCAGCUUUCGAGUCCGACGAUGAUGUGAUUGUCCGACGUUUGUUGAAGAGUCUUUGGGCUCCCAUGGCAAACCCUGCACACGCCAACUACACCAACUGCUUCUGGGAGACUCUUGACCCCGAUGGUACACCUGGCCUGGGAAGAAUUACCUCUCUCUGCCACGGUUGGGCUUCUGGACCUACUGCCGAGCUGAGCCGACAUGUCCUUGGUGUUCAGGCCGUCGAACCUGGUUACAAGAAGUGGAAUGUCAAGCCUCUGACUCUGGGUCUGGAGUGGGCUAAGGGACGUGUUCCGACUGAGCAUGGAAACGUCGAGGUUGAUUGGAAGUUCAAGUCUGGCCUUCUGCAGAUGACUGUUCAUGGGCCCAAGAAUGGCAACACGAAUGGUACUGUCUAUCUUCCUCGACCUUUACCUACUCCUCUCGAGAAGAGUGUUAUCAAGGUGAACGGGAAGGUUGUCAAGGGCGACAAGUUUACUGUACCUUGUGGCGAGAAGAUUACUAUCAAGCAGACCCGAGCUUGA